GUUUUGUUUUUGAUUGGCCAUAUUGGACCAAUCAGGCAGCUUGGAGUAGACAUAUAACAUGUAUUCAGGUGAACUGACAGGAACACACACACUGCAGCCAUGAGGUCCCUGGUUUUCAUUCUGCUCAUCGGAGCCGCUUUCGCCACGGAGGAGGACAAGAUCGUCGGAGGGUAUGAGUGCAAGCCCCACUCCCAGCCCCAUCAGGUGUCUCUGAAUGCUGGGUACCACUUCUGUGGUGGCUCCCUGGUCAACGAGAACUGGGUUGUGUCUGCUGCUCACUGCUCCAAGUCUCGUAUUGAGGUGCGUUUGGGAGAGCACCACAUCAGAGUCACUGAGGGCAACGAGCAGUUCAUCAGUUCUUCCCGGAUCAUCGAACACCCCUUCUUCAGCCGCUACACCCUUGAGAAUGACAUCAUGCUGAUCAAGCUGAGCACACCCGCCACCCUCAACCAGUACGUGCAGCCUGUGGCUCUGCCCACCAGCUGUGCCCCCGCUGGCACCAUGUGCAAAGUCACCGGCUGGGGCAACACCAUGAGCUCCAUUGAUGACGGAGACAAGCUGCAGUGUCUGGACAUCCCCAUCCUGUCUGAUGCGGACUGUGACGGUUCCUACCCCGGCAUGGUCGACCACACCAUGUUCUGUGCCGGAUACCUGGAGGGAGGCAAGGACUCCUGCCAGGGUGACUCUGGUGGUCCUGUUGUCUGUAACGGUGAGCUGCAGGGUAUUGUGUCCUGGGGUUACGGAUGUGCUGAGAGGGACCACCCCGGUGUCUACGCCAAGGUAUGUGUGCAGACCGAGUGGCUGCGCGACACAAUGGCCAGCUAUUAACUCCACCAGUCAACCUCCACUUCAGACACACUUUAUUAACUGUUCAAAUGCUAAUGUUUUUUUGCUGAAAGUUGAAGUAAAACAAAUAAAGUGUUUGAAAUGAA